CACGGUUCUUCUCGCCAUAGUGACUCCCCUUUGCCCUUUGGUUGCUCUUGAUGCGUUUUUUACUGCGCAGGAGACAUCUCUCAUCCAGCACCAGCAGCGGCACGAUCCAAUCAUAAAGCAGCUUUACAGAUUAUCGCAGCAAAUUUUCGAGCACGUCGUAACAUCUGAAAUGGCCACGAUAGAUGACCUGUUGCAUGUGUGCGACAACGCUAGCUUGAAGUUUGAAGAAGGCAUCAAUAUUCUUCAAGGUUUGCCAGAUUCUAACUCGAAGAAGCGGGCUAUUGAUUGCUUAAAUGAUGUAUUAGAAGUAGUAAAGGCUUACAAAUGCAAAUACAUGCCUUGUCCAUCACCACCUGCAGCCCAAAACUGGUUAUUCGUCGAAAGGUAUCUGCAAAGCCUUGGAAAUGAACCGAUGAACUGGGAAGCCUGUCUUGUAGAAGGGCAGCAACAAGGCUAUUUAAAAAACUAUACUAAGUCUACUAGUUUGAAAGCCGUGUACUUGCGUUGGAAAAAGAAUAAAAAGUAGACAUAUGUAACCAAAAAAAAAUAAACGUGGUGCUUUCAUUGAGUGUGUGUGUUUUUUUGGGGGUGAGGAUCGGUCAGCAUUUAUUAAUAUAA